GCCGGUGGGGCUCUGUGCGGCCUCCCCCGAGCCCGCUGCGCCUCGGGCCGCGGCCGCCGGCUGGGAAAUAGGCCCUGUUGGCCCCCCGGGUUGUUUGGUGGGGGAGGAAACGCUCAGAGGUGCUCGGCGGCGGUGUGCUUGGCCCUGCCGAGCAGGCGGUGCCCGGGAGACAUGGGAAAAUCACUUUCUCACCUGCCUAUACACACGUACAAGGAAGAUGGUUAUAAUGGAGGCACAGCGUCUGAUAACAUGAGGAGUGGGUUGGUUCAGUCGGAAGCACACAAUGAAGAUGGGCGAUCUGGAGAUGUAUCACAGUUUCCCUAUGUGGAAUUUACAGGAAGAGACAGUGUCACCUGCCCAACUUGCCAGGGAACAGGAAGAAUUCCACGAGGGCAGGAAAAUCAGCUGGUAGCAUUAAUUCCAUAUAGUGACCAGAGACUGAGGCCAAGAAGAACAAAGCUCUACGUGGCUGCUUCUGUAACUGUAUGUUUACUGCUUUCUGGACUGGCUGUAUUCUUCUUGUUUCCUCGCUCAAUUGACGUUGAAUACAUUGGUGUGAAGUCAGUAUAUGUCUCUUACGAAGAGGGCAGACAUGUAAUAUAUCUAAAUAUUACAAGCACAUUAAAUAUAACGAACAACAACUAUUAUUCUGUUGAAGUGGCAAAUAUCACAGCCCAAGUUCAGUUUUCAAAAACAGUUAUUGGCAAAGCACGACUAAACAACAUCACGACCAUUAGUCCUCUGGAUAUGAAACAGAUUGACUAUAUGGUGCCCACAGUCAUGAGCUACAUGUAUGACUUCUGUACUUUAGAGUCCAUCAAAGUGCAUAACAUAGUGGUGAUGAUGCAAGUUACAGUGACAGCCUCUUACUUCGGCCACUCUGAGCAAAUAUCCCAGGAGAGAUACCAGUAUGUGGACUGUGGAGGAAAUACAACCUACCAGCUGGGCCAGUCAGAAUAUUUAAAUGUACUUCAGCCUCCACAAUAAAAGAACUUGUGGGUUAGUGUGGAAUGAUUGCUAUUGAUGUUUGCUGAGAUCCUUUGAAUUGGACUGGUACUGUGUGAAGGGGAGACUACGUGCACGUGAAGCAUAGCGAACAUGGUGACCUGUUCACUUUAGAUGCCAAGAGGGAAAAGGUGCAAAAUGUAUAUAGAUGCACUUGUUAAAUGUUGUGUUUUCCCCUUCUGUUUGCUUUCUAUUACUGUAAGCACUUCUGUCAGAUUGUAUGGUGGGAGGGCGAGAGGAAAUAUCAGAUUCUUGAACUAAAUUGGGACCUUUCCUUGCAGUGUGAUGCAUCAACUUAGAGUAUGUCUGUGUUGAGGUGAAAUGUGUCACUAAUGAGCAUUGUAGAAAAGCUCACAUUCAUACAGUUUGAGUUUAUAUUUCAGUUGUUGAUAAUCAACUAUUGAAACUGGCAGUCUUACUACUUUAAUAACAAUAUUACUUUGAGGUAUCUGAAUGUUACACUUCUCUUAGUAACCCAGUGGCAAUAGUUCUUUAUUUUUGGGAUUCUACUUUUCAUUAGCUAUACAUGAUUAGAGGUGACAUGCAGUCUGUUAAAGCCGGGAAAGGUUUCUUGGGUGACACUACACUUGAAUGUGCAACUUCUAGAAGCCGGCAUAUUUUCAUUCAGAUUGUCUCCUGCUGCCUCUGGGAUGCAAAAAGGAGAAUGUAUGUUGUUAGAGUCAAAAUUUGGUCUAAAAAUAACCCCUAGAAUUAUUACUGACAAAGGGAAAAUUCAGGACUAUAAUAUGAAUGGAUAAAGACUUUUAACACUGUCUUUCUUCUAUGUUUUUAGUCAACUUUUGAGUACCACUAUUGAAUCAAGAUUGUGCAGUUUGAACUAGGUGGGAAACUGUUGGAGCAUGGGUUUGGGCGGCUUGAUGUAGAUUUUCAUAAUUUUUUAUUGUUUUAAUGUAAUGUGUAUCUAAGCUACUUGUAAGUGUUCACAUGUUGGGGUGUAUAUAUUUAGUGUACUGGCUCAGUAAGCAAUGCAGUAGUUACCUGAAUCUCCAGAGCGCUCACAGUUCAUGUCAAAGUUAGGUAAGGGAGAAUAAAGUAGUUCUUUCUAUAAGAGUAAACGCUAAUGUAAUCAUAAGACUGGUUUAUAAGAAAGCUUUUAAACAGUUUGAGUAGGAUAGUUUGCACAUUGAGAAUUCCCAGGAUUAUUAUCAAACAUGGUGACUGUGAAUUUUGGGUUCAGAGUCCCUUAACUUCUGAAGACUGACUGUUCUAAGGGUUAGGUACGAAACCUUUUAAUUAACUGAGUCAGAAUUGUUUUAUUUCUGAAUUAGAUAAGAUACAGCUCUAAUACGGUACUAUUGAAACUGUUGCAUUGUAAUGAAUAAUAAACUUUUUAAAAUAGAUGUUGCAGUUUCUGUGCUGCUCAUCUCCUCAAAAUAAGCUAUAUAAAAUGAAUUAGCGAUAAACACUAUGGAAAAAGGCUUCUGAGUAACUUCUUGCAACUAACAGUCUCUAAAGCUCCAGUACUUUAGUGAAGGUACAUGUCUGUACUACUCUUCUUUAUUGGCCUUCCUUAAGCGGACCUAACUGUGUGGGUGGGGGAAAGAAUAUUGAUGAUUCAAAAGAAAUUAAGUAACUGUACGAAAAUCCCUCUCUGUUUGAAUUGCUAUGAGCGCUUUUUCUGAAUGUCUGUGAAAAAUUUUGGAACCGAAGUUGUUGGUCUCAUAUAACAGUUACUAAGAUGAAUAUGUUGGCUUUUGGCAUUGGAGAACUUCUGGAACUGGAAUAGUCAACUCUGAGAGCUUACUGUACUUAUGUUCUGAAAAUUGUUUUUGAAUCUAGGCAUUUAAAGUAAACAUUCUUUAUUAUGGAUUAAUCAUAAGGGAAACUAGUUCACAAUUGACUCUAUAAUCUUCCUACAUAAAGUUCAGUCCUGUGGCUGAUAAAAUGCAUGCAGAAUCUUGUCUGAGACUGAAAAGAUACAGGUGAUAGAUAACUAAAGACCAGGAUAGUGGGGAGCUGGCUAGAAGCAGAGGGGUAAACUCUUCUACAUUAUCCUUCGUAGCAGGAUUUGCUUGUAUUGGAGAGUAGGGAGAGAAUUCUGGUUUAAAUCAUGUCAGAUCUAAGUCAGCCAGCAAGCGAUGCAGGUUUUUUCUUCUAGGCCUAAGUAUUUACACCUAGAGUUGUUGGAUUUGGGUUUUUUUUUGUGGGGGUUGUUCUUUGGACUGGUUUUUUUUUUUUUUUUUAGUAGCAAAAGAAGAAAACGCUUCAGGCAGAUAUUUAUAUGAAAUUAAAACAAUUUUUUCUCAAAGGAUAAAAUGUAAUCUGAAAUAACCAGUAUGGCACAAUGAUAAAAUUACUUGGUGACAGUAGCAGAUGUGCUUUGAACAGCACGGCGGGGGAAGUUUACACUGUUAAUGCAGUGGUGAAACUCAAACUGACCUUUGAAAGUUUGGCAGACAUGCUGAGCAAAUUGCGUACUUAGAUCUGUGGAUCUUGUGUGAAAUGUUUGGUAUUGGCUAAUUUAAAAUAAAGAAUGGUGAGUGGAAUUAUUGUUUCUGUGUAUGCGGCGGAAGGAGGAAGAUACAGUUCUUAAUGUCUGUCAUCUGGGAUAUCUAAUGGAUGUAAAUUUCAACAACAUCAAUUUGUAGUAGACUUACUGAAUUACUAGAGUUCUCAUGUUAAAAAAUAAAGGAUGGGGAAAAGAUCUUAUUGAUCAGUCCUCAAAUUGAGUGAGUUAUGGGAGAAUCCAAGGUUUAAGGUUCCUCAAAUGCUCAUAUAGCCCUGUAAAACUGACAGCAUAUUACUAACCAAACAAGUACUUGAAUUUAACUACUAAUUUUAAUAUGGUAUAUCAUCAGAUAAGCAGGUAAGCAUCUGUUUCAAUUCUUAGAUGUCAUUUCUGUGGCUGAGCUUGGGAGCAUCCUAAAGGAGGAAGAGAAGUCAGUAUUAACUUGUAUAGCUUGGUAAACAAGGUAUGAGAAUAGAUCCAAGUGACAGUCUUGUAAUUAUUUCACAUUUACUUUUUAAUCUUGAUUUUAAAGUUAAGAAGGCAAACCUUUCAUCUCAAUGUAAAUCAAUAAGUACAAAUCCUGUCCAGAAGGUCAGCUUGAAGAGUCAAUUUUUUUUCUGGUUUGUUUUCCUGUGUGUAAGGUGGUUUCUAAAGCAUGAAUUUCUUAACUGAUUCAUAUUUACUUGUGACUUCCCCAUAAUCUUGGGUUAUAUACAUACACAUACUGGCACUGCAGUGUUGUCUUUCAAGGGAUUUAUUUCCAGUCUAAUUCUUUGCUCUUGAAUUCUUUUUAUCAAUUCCUUUACCAAAACCUGUUGCACUCUGAAAUGGAAGCUCAGUUAUUUCUUAACACAGUAGUGCAGAUGUUGUACUUUAAUGGCAGAAUUGAAAAAAAACAAAACUUGAUGUAUUCUGUAUAGAGUAACUUUAAAAUUUCAAAAUUGUAACUUGAGGUGAAUUAGUGUGGAACACUUAAAUGAGAAAAAUGUUGGCUGUUUGGCCAUGCUGAACUAUAGAACAAAAUUAUUUUGCAUUUUAAAUAUGACUCUUAAAAAAUGAAUGAAUUAAUAAAGCCACCAAAACCUUAAAGAUCUAACCAUCAAAUAUCCAGUUGGAAAGAUUUAAAGGGAAUCACUCUUACUGAAAGAUGUAGUGCCUAACACUCUUGAAUUCCUUGUGUGGGGAGACGCCUGUAGAAGCUCAUUCAUGAUUUGUUUACUCAUCUUGAUAUUUAGGGGAUAGUUGCUUAAUUCUUAAUCUUUUGUGAAGACCAACAUAAGUAUCUUUUUCCUGUGUGGUAUAGCUUUGAAGUUCUCAGUGCACUUCUGAUGUGUGCAUGACCGUGAUAUUAACAUUGUGGUGUUUAUAUUUUGCAGUCUGCCUUGUAUGGGCAGACUGAAGCAAAUGCCUCAGUUCGCUUUGCUACAAAUUGUCCUUGAAGUUUGGCAAGUGAGUAAUUUUUUUUUCAUAGCGGUACAUUGUAAACGUUACUGGGCUUUUUAGUUUGUGGUGUAUAAAGCCAGCCAUAUGAGCGCUUUAAGUGCUCGGACUGAAUAGUCAGAGUCUUCAACCAUCUGACUGAAGUUUUGUUCCCUCAUGAUGGAAAGGAUGGUUCUAUGAGUACUAUGAGAGAGAUUUCUACGUUCAGAAAGCAUUAAAAGAAAAAUAGUGGUAUUUCUUACUCAGCAUUUAAGGUUUCCUGGUUUGGGUGGUUUUUUUUUUUUGUGAUGAUGGUGAUGGGGGCUUAGAUUUGGUUUUGCUUUUCUUCCCACCUCAAAUAUGUAGCGGGACAUGUAUCUGUUCCCAGACAGUGUCUUCCAAAAUGGGUGACUGGUUUCAGAGUUGGGCAAAGUUGGAUGUGAAGCUUAACGUCAGUUGGGCUGGACUUAAGAAUUAAGUAAGGCUAGCAGUAAUACUUCAGAGAACUACGUUUUUUAUUUACUAACAGAAUGCCACAACCCUAGCAAUGCUUCUGGGCUUACCAUUACUUCUGAAAGGGAAGGGUAAGUAAGUCCAUUACUGAAGUAUGUUGGUUGUACUUACGUGUACUACUGCUAGCAUCAAAACAAUUGUUAGUGUUGGCCCUGAUCAUGCCAAAAGAUCUAGAUUGGUUUUUUGACUUUGCGGGGGGGAGGAAUAAAACUCAAGCCAAAAUCCAACUAAUAUAUGUUGAAAAUAGUAAUUUGGGUAUGGCAAACACAUCAAGUGUUUGUCUACUUGAGAAGUCACCUUCCUAUUUUACCUUUAGCUUGGGAAUUCUGGUCAUUACCAUGGGAUUAGUUGGCCAUAGUUUGUUCUGCUGCCUUACAGCUUUUGCUGUCUAAACCUGCUCUCCAACCUUUAGGCAGGCCUGUUGGACAGGAACAGUUGUCUGCAAAGGAUCUGUGCAAUUGAGAUUAGUGAUGGACCCUACAGUGAACUGUGAGACUCUUUGGUGGCAGCAACAUACUGAUCUUCAUACUGUCCUAUUCCACAAACCAUCAAAAGGGUCUUGCAGCCUGGAUGCGUGUGUCUUUUGGAUGCUGAAACUGCUUUUGUUUUGCAUGGGCAGGGAUAUUUAGUGCCAGACAUGUAAGCAUGUUACGGUGCCUGAAUAUUUUGGGUCUGACUGUCGGUGAUUUAGUUCUUUUGUUUAUGGAAGCAAACUUAACCACUGUUAACAUCCACUGUACAGAGUGUGCAUAUAAUAGCUUGAAAUAUGUAUAGGAAUAUUAAUGAGUAACAACUAUUUUUGUAACUUAAGAAUUGUAAACUGUUGUUCUUGUAACUGUGUAGCAAACAAUCUACCCACUUUAAGCAUGAUAAACACUAUAGAAGUCAAGAGGUAUUUGGGAAUGACUUGUAGGUGAGAGAAGCUAUCUUAAUGUAAGUUAACUGGAAUAAGGAAUCUUGUUACUUAGAGGUUCAAAAUCUGGAGUUAACUUCAUUAUGAAUAUAUGUUUCUAGACAGGAUUGUUUAACUCAAAGAUAUUAAAUUUUCUAUUUUAAAAAAAAACUUGGGUCAUGUAUCUCUUUUUCUUUUUUUAAACUGACUUUGUAUUUUUCUCUUCUCCUUCCCUAUCUCCCACAAAUUUUCCCCCUAUUUCUCCAUAUUUUUCCCAGAAGCUUUCAUGUAUUUUCAAUGGUAUGAUUUCAGCUUUUGUAAUGGUUGACAUUCCAUGACGUGAAAACUUCACUAUCUGCUUUUUUUAUACUAUGUUGUAUUGUGUUAAGUCUAUAAUAAACUGGAGUAUCUGAAAACUAAGC